CUAGAGCAGAGGUGAAGGGAGACACCCAGACGUGAGCAUGGGCCUCAGGGGGAGGCUGCUGCUGCUGCUGCUGCUGCUGCUGACGGCCUGGGUCCCAGCCUACCAGGGCCUGAAGUGCAUGCAGUGUGAGAGUAACCAGGACUGCUUGGUGAAGGAGUGUAGCCUGGACGAGGAUCUUUGCAGGACCACGGUGUUUCGUGAGUGGGAAGGUGAUGGAGAACUGGAGGUGGUGAUAAGAGACUGUGCCCAUCAUGAGAAGACCAACAGGACCAUGAGUUACCGGGUGAACUCCAAGAUCAUCAGCCUGUCAGAGGUCGUGUGUGCCACAGACAUCUGCAACAAACCGAGGCCUGACCGGGGGAUUGCCUUUCCUCGGGGCCGGGGCCGGUACCUUGAGUGUUUGUCCUGUAGCUCUUUGGACCAGAGCUGUGAGAGGGGCCGGGAGCAGAGCCUGCAAUGCUGCUAUCCUGGAGAACAGUGUGUUGAAGUGGUGACCCUGCGGAGCAUGGCAAGGAGCUUGAAGGAUGAGAACUACACCCGAGGCUGUGGCAGUCUUCCCGGGUGUCCGGGCAUAGCCGGUUUCCACGGCAACCACACCUUUCACUUCCUGAAAUGCUGCAACUCCACCCACUGCAAUGGCGGCCCAGUUCUGAAUCUUCAGGGCUUACCACCGAAUGGCAUCCGGUGCUACAGCUGUGAGGGGAACAGCACCCAUGGGUGUUCCUCCAAAGAGAUUUCCCUCACUGACUGCCGGGGACCAAUGAAUCAGUGCCUGGAGGCCACUGGCUUAGAUGUGCUGGGAAACCGGAGUUACACCGUGCGAGGCUGCGCCACAGCUUCCUGGUGCCAAGGCUCCCAUGUGGCAGAUGCCUUCCUCCUGACCCACCUCAACGUCUCCUGCUGUGACCGCAGUGGCUGUAAUGGCGCUGCCCCUAGGCCAGGCGCUGCCCACCUGAGCCUCGUCGUCUCCCUGCUCCUGACCUUCAGACUGUGGGAUGUCCUCCUCUGGACCUGAGGUUGAGCCCCCAGCCCUGGCUGGAUCCAGGAACUUUGUCCUCCCUCAUGUGCGCCAUUGUGUUGUCUUCGGGCCUCAACUUUUCUAAGAACCAGAAGAGAAGCAGAGCAAAGGCUGCAGGCAGCGGGGGCUCUUGGCGAAUAUUGUUGCUAUUGUUAUUAUUAUCAUUGUUA